GCCUAGCUCCUCCACUCCUAUAAAUACCAGUACCACCCUUUCUCUGCACACACAAUAUAUUAUAUAUAUACACUCUUAAUUGGUUGCAAGCUAGCUAGUGUGAAUUAAUUAAGAUGAAGAAGGGUGUUGCGGCCUUGUUUGUGGUGGUUGUGAUGGCGGCGCUGGCGCAUGAGACGGUGGCCGUGACGUGCAACCCUAUGGAGCUCAUGCCGUGCUUCGGGCCGAUAACGACGGGGGCGGCUCCGACAACGCAAUGCUGCACCAAUCUCAAGGCGCAGCAGCCGUGCUUCUGCCAGUACAAGAAUGACCCUGAGUUCAAGGACUACAUCGACUCUGCCAACGCCAAGAAGCUUGCUGCCACCUGCAAAGUCACCAUUCCCACCGAUUGCUGAUGAAAAUUACUAUAUAUAUAUAUAUGCUGUUCAUCAUCAAGGUUGAUCCUUAAUGUUAUCUCACCUUCUUCAAAUAAAAUGGAGCUUUAUGCUUCUACGAAUAAAAUAUAAUUUUAUGUA